GUGAGUGUUGACGUCAGCACGCUUUUCCUGCUUGGUUUCCAGCGCAAUGGCGGCUACGCGGCUCUUCUUGAGAACUUCAGGCGUUAAGUCUUCAUUAACCGGGUUAACCGGUGGCGUGCACAGCAGUUUGGGGUUAACUCUGCUUAAACUGUCUCCCGACUGCACAGCCAAGCCGAAAGCACAGAGAAGACAUGCAGCGCACUUCACCUAUCAUCCUGACCCUGUGCCUACUCAGUAUGGCCCCACACAGAAGAUGAAUUUGUUCCAGUCAGUAACCAGUGCCUUGGACAACACGCUUGCCAGUGAUCCCACCGCAGUGAUUUUUGGUGAGGAUGUGGCGUUUGGUGGGGUGUUUCGAUGCACAGUCGGCCUCCGAGAUAAAUAUGGUAAGGACCGUGUAUUUAACACCCCGCUGUGUGAGCAAGGCAUUGUGGGGUUUGGUAUUGGUGCAGCUGCCGCGGGAGCCACUGCUAUUGCAGAGAUUCAGUUUGCCGACUACAUUUACCCAGCGUUUGAUCAGAUUGUGAACGAAGCGGCCAAGUACCGGUACCGUUCUGGGAACAUGUAUGACUGUGGGAAGCUGACCAUCAGAUCUCCGUGGGGCUGCGUGGGUCACGGCUCGCUCUAUCACUCCCAGAGUCCUGAGGCCUUCUUCGCACACUGUCCUGGAAUUAAGAUUGUUGUGCCGAGAGGUCCGGUCCAGGCCAAGGGUCUUCUUCUGUCCUGCAUUGAAGAUAAGAACCCCUGCAUCUUCUUUGAGCCCAAAAUCCUGUACAGAGCAGCAGUGGAGCAAGUGCCCACAGAAGCCUAUUACAUCCCUCUCUCCCAAGCCGAGGUCCUGCAGGAGGGCACUGAUCUCACACUGGUGGCGUGGGGAACACAGAUACAUGUUAUGAGGGAAGUGGCUGCCAUGGCACAGGAAAAGCUGGGUGUCUCCUGUGAGCUUAUUGACCUUCAGACCAUUUUGCCUUGGGACUCAGAGACCGUUUGCAAGUGUCCUACUCAACCAGUUUGGCUACAGGAAAACUAAAGCAGUCUCAUAUCUUGAGCGGGAAGUGGUGCAACGCUGUGCUUCACAAGGCUAAAGACUCUUUGAUGACAACCACAGCACGAGAAUAUUGUUGGCAGGUUGCAUUUGUAAGUCUCUGGAAACAACUAUGUGGAGAUGGCAGAGGAAGAAAGGCUGGUGGCUUGGUUUAUGUCCUGCAUAUUUAUGACCGACUCUUACACGUAUAAUUACAUUAUUAGCAGGCAUCACUUUGGUUUGGAGCCUUUGGAUGUUCUGAGACUUGAUGGUUCACACAUAUUGGUCAGGAGAUGGUGUCGUAACUGUCAUGUGUGGCCAUUGUUUCAGUGCUUUAUUUGUGGAAAAGCAUUGGAAAAUUACUCAUGACUGAUCUGAAUCCAGCGUUUUAUGCUUCCCGUUCAGGCUGGACCGUGGCCUAACCCGACACCCAUCAGGCCCUGGAUCGGCUCUGUUCUCAUGUGGCCCACAGACCUUUCUGUCUGUUUUUCAAGGUUUUGUCUGGGGUUCAAAAGCGAGGGUUAGCAUAAUGCUGCACAGUGAAUGCUCUGAUUAACAUGUUGUAUAAGUACAUGUGACCGCUGUCCUGCAGGGGUCCAUAUUAAUGAACUACAAAUACUCUACUGCUACUGUGAGUAGUUUUUUGCUUAUUUUUCUGCAGAUAUGCUUUGUAUAGCUUUCCUAUGCGCCUUCAAAGUGCUUGAUCAAUUACAUAUACCGUACUGUAUG